UGGGGAGACCUUUGUUGAUGGCAGACACUUUUGUGUACGACAUCGCCCUCAUUAUUCCCCUCUGCAACAGCACAGACCACAACAAUUGCAAGAUCCUUGAAGUUACUUAACCCUGUCUUGAAAGCAAUGAUGACAAGCCCGACAGAUCUAGCAGGGUGGUUGGCUGAAACUGCCAAUGAGGAAGAUCUUGUGAGAAGUGACAGCCGAGGAGAUGACGAGUCGCAUGCUAUCGCAAAGAAGUCAGAAUAUUCAACAAGAAGAUCUAAGCUUGAACUGAUAUCUUCCACCGCAUCAGAUGCCGAUGAUGGUCCUUCUCUGUAUCCACGAAAAACUCCAUCCAGGCGAAAAAAGACUAUGCGCCGCAAGCGGUCUUCCACUUUGGCAAAACAAAGUCGCCGCCGACGCGACCAAGAUGUGACAGAAACAGAUCAUUUGAGUUCUGGUAACAUCUAUUUCUUAGCGAAUGGUACCAACCCAACCAGCAGUCCCACCUUUAACUCAGACCAUAUCACUGCAGCUGCAGUCACCGACGAAAGUAUCAGUCUGGUGCUGGACGUUGUCUACAUUUUCUUGUCAGGUUUGGCCAUCAUAGUGGGUCUCAUUGCUGUUGUUUACGCAUUAGUCAUUCUCUGUGAUCGAUACUGCCGGUGUGGCCUGAGAUGGGCCGAGUGGUCAGAUGAUAUGUUUCCAGAAGAAGAAGAAGGUAAUGAAGGCUCUGGAACCAGAAAUGACCGUCCUUCGGCAGAACUGUAUGGUCCCGUAGCCUUCAAGGCAAGGCUUUGGGGACUCAGCUCAUCUGAGAGAAGAACUGUUUUGGAAAGGACGUUUGCCAGGUACUGCACAAAGUACCCUGCACAGCCGAGGUUGAAGGCCGCCACCACUCUCAAUAUGAAGCAGGAUGCAAGCUCGGCAGCCACAACAUGCGUCGAAUCAUCGUCAGUAGAAUCUAAUGGCACAUGCCAGCAACCAACAAAUUCAGUGGUGGAUGUAGAAGGAAUUCCAGAAGAGCCAACCCACCCAGCUUGCAGUGACGUGAGCGUCAAGAGUGACGAUGAAUGCAGCACGGAGAUUCCAGCUCAAAUCAAAAGCAAGGGACACAAUCUGAACUUCAAUGGAGAAUCUGAUGAUACCGUUUCCGAGUUGGAAAGUGAAGAGGCAGAAGCUGAUGAUCUCAACCAAGACGCUGAUGAAGUUGGCUGGGAAUCGCUUGUUUUGAAUGAACAACGCGUGACGAAAACAUGUGCCAUAUGCUUGGGAGAAUAUGAACAAGGCGACAAAAUACUGCACAGUAUUGGCUGCCCCCAUAUCUUUCACUGCGAUUGUAUCAUGCCCUGGAUGGAGCAAUGUCACGACCAUUGUCCAUACUGCCGCGUGGAAAUGAUGACACCACAGGAUAUGCUUCGAGCAGCCCUUCAAGUGUUGCCGAAAGAGCGGGUUAGAGAGUUGACAUGCGGGAAAGGACACAGACGGCAUCGAGGAAGGAGCCCACAUCCUAAUGGCACUGUGUCGCAACAGCAGAACAGUGACAAUCAACCUGUGCCCAACCCACGUGAUGGGGAGAGCCCACAGGAGUCCGACGGUUUCCCCGCUUCAUCGAGGGAUGACCAUGCUGGUCAGGCUGAUGAUGCCGAUGAUGACGACAGCGUCUUUAGCCGAAGAGCAGAACACCAUAGCGAGCAUUAUGCUACCAGUUCCGCCGGUGAGAUAUUGAACCCGUUCAAUCCAUAAGCCCGGAAGUUUUCACCUCUCCAUGGGAAAUGUCUGACCUCAGGUUUGCGGGCUUUCAUGCCACUUUCUCAUUUGCGCCCAUGACUGUAAGCAAUAGUUGUUCAUUAAUUCUACUUACUGCAUUGCAUUUUGUCCUUUUCCGGGAGGUGCACCGUUGCUGCUGGCUUCAAUGGGGG